AAUUGCAGCUAGCUUCUGAGAAGAAACAGGCUGCCACAUUUGGCACCAUCUGAAGGUUUUGGCUGAAGUGAAAAUGAAGGAGCUCAGAAGUACAACCUGAAAACCUUGGUGAUGUUGUCCUGGAAGGAGGAGGGAAGCUCCAUGUGAUAAAAAAUCAACUUGUAUAGGGCAAUUGUGAGCAGAAAGACAACCAGAAAGAGUUGAACAGCAUAGCACACACUAUCCUUCUCCCACUCAGAUGCAGCCACCUUUUUGUUUUGUUUGUUAAAGGAAGGUAUAUGUGAUAAAUCAACUUGGGCAGGGCAAUUUUUAGCUGGAAACAAAUGGAAGGGAAAUAGUUAAGCAUUCUCUCCCACCCACCCCCAUCCUUCUUCCACUCAGAUGCAACCAGUUUAGCAGUCUCCGUUGUUUCCACAGAAUCAGGAAGUCAGUGCAGUUUGAGACUGUGAAGCUGGUAAGUUGCGACAUGAUUAGUGUUUUAUUGUUUGCCUGAGAUCUUUAUUGGAAGUGAUUAAUAAAACAAAUUUGAAUACUAAACUUUUUGCAGAAUCCUAAAUAAGAACUUCAAAGUUAUUUCAGCAGCUUCUCUAUUGUGACCUAAAUUUCAAGGAAAACCUAAAAUAAAGAGUGCUGAUUCUGCAUCUAAGUAAGAAUGGCAGAGGUAGUGGUCUUGUUUCUCACUCUCUGCGUCCAGUUGCUAGCCCUGCCUCUAUAUAUACUAUCAUUUUUGGGAAUAUGGCAGCCCUUCUGCAAAAAGAUUUUCUUUCCCUUUUUUCUGGAGAAAUUUACUGCUGACUACAAUCAGAAAAUGUUACAACGGAAACAGGACUUGUUCCAUAACAUGAUGGACUUUUCAGAUCCCUCAGGGAAACUGACAGUGCUGGAGAUAGGCACUGGGACUGGCUCCAACUUCCAGUUCUUUCCGCCCAACUGCAGAGUCAUAUGUACGGAUCCCAACCCCCACUUUCAGGAGCGUCUAGCUAAAAGCAUGGCCCGAAACAAGCAUCUUGAAUAUGGCCAGUUCAUAACAACUUCAGGAGAGGACUUGAGCCAGGUACCUGAUGCCUCUGUGGAUGUCGUAGUUUCUACUUUGGUCUUGUGCUCUGUGAAGAACAUGAAAGCCGUUUUGAGAGAAGUCUGCAGAGUGCUCAAGUCGGGUGGAGCUUAUUAUUUCCUGGAGCAUGUCACUGCAGAUCAUUCAAGCUGGACCUUCUUUUGGCAACAAGUGUACUCUCCAACAUGGAGACUUCUGUUUGAUGGCUGCAACCUAACAAGAGAGACCUGGGCUGACAUUGAAAAGGCCAACUUCUCAGAAAUAAAGUUACAACACAUACAAGUCCCAUUAUGUUGGACAGUCAUUCAACCACAUAUAAUUGGUUAUGCUGUGAAAUAACUAUCAGUGUAUGUAUUUACUAGAAGUAAGUCUCACUAGAUCUGAAGAAGACUGCUGUCUUAAGCACUCUUACCUGGCAGUAAGUAACUCCAUUUAUUUUAGUGGGGGAUUACUUUCAAAUAAACAUGAACAUCAUCGCUGUCUAGGCCACCAAUCUUAAAAACAUUUUGAGGUAGCAAGUUCCACUGAACUCUGUGAGAUUUUACUUUUGAGUAAAUGUGUUUAUGGUUGCACUUUUUAGAGAUGCCAUUCUAAAGAAAGGUGGUUACUUCUCUGAAAAUGAAUCCAGCCAGUUACACUGAACCAAGUGUAAGCUAGUACAAACCAUAGCUCAUUUCAAUUGUUUUAUUGCAAAUAAAAGCAUGGAUAAAUAUAAUCAUAAAA